GAAAUGGCUUCUUCUUUAGGCUUCAAUUUCUUCUUCCUGCCAUUGGUUUUCGCCAUCUUCACCAGACCAACGCUCGCCGUGUUCAAACCAAGCGCGUGGAAGCUCGCUCAUGCCACCUUUUAUGGCGACGAAACUGCCUCCGCUACCAUGGGAGGAGCUUGUGGGUAUGGAAACUUGUUUACGAACGGUUAUGGAACCGACACAGUAGCGUUAAGCUCGACAUUGUUCAACAAUGGCUAUGCUUGUGGGACAUGCUUUCAGAUCAAAUGCGUGCAGUCGAAGGCGUGUUACGCAAACGUGAAAUACACCACCGUGACGGCGACAAACCUAUGCCCGCCAAAUUGGUCACAGGACUCGAACGCAGGCGGGUGGUGCAACCCACCAAGAGUUCACUUCGACAUGGCCAAGCCGGCGUUCAUGAAGAUCGCUUGGUGGAAGGCCGGAAUAGUCCCUAUCGCGUACCGUAGGGUUCCGUGUGCGAAAAAAGGCGGCGUUCGAUUCAGCUUGCAAGGAAAUGGGUAUUGGUUAUUGGUGUACGUGAUGAACGUAGGCGGCGGCGGCGAUGUGUACUCAAUGGCGGUGAAAGGAAGCAAAACGGGGUGGAUAACAAUGAGCCAUAACUGGGGAGCUUCAUACCAAGCUUUUUCAUCAUUGGGUGGCCAAGGCCUCUCUUUUAGAAUCACUUCCUACACAACAAGAGAGACCCUUACUUUAUGGAAUGUCAUUCCUUCAAAUUGGCAAGUUGGGUUGACUUAUAAUUCUAAUGUCAACUUCCGUUGACUUGUUUGAAGAGGAUCAGUUUCUAGCUCUUUGGUUUUUGGUUUGAUGAGCUGUUUGAUUGUUUGUUUAUGGAAGAAUUA